AUGGAAGUUGCUGGUCCCGGAUUCCGGAGAGCGGAGAGGGGCGAGGGGACUGGGGCGGCACCUGCGGACGCCGGCCGGGGCUGGGGCACGGCUGCCGGCCCGGAUCCUGGGAGUGCCGAGAAGGAAGUGGUGGUGGCGGGGAGGAUGAAGCUUCGGCUGGGUCACCGCUCCGAAACUCUGUCAGCUCCAAGCCCCGAGGAGACGGAGGGGGUGGGGUCCCGCCGCCCCGCCGGUCACCGGGUCGGGGGAGGGUGGCCGCGAAGCGCGGGCCCGGCACCUACCUGCGGUCCCGGGCGGCAGCCCCAGACGAGGCCUAGUGCACCGCCGCCUCCAUCCCUCCACGUCGCGCCGAGACUGCUGCUCCGCGGCCGCCGCCGCCGCCGCCCUGCGCGCCGGGUCCGAGCCCGGUUCCCGCCUCCGCCCCGCGCCUGCUGGCCGGAGGGCCCGGGAGCACAGGGCCGCCCUCUCGAGCCCAGCGCCGCUCGGGGGCAGAGCGGCCGCGGCGGGCCCCUCACGUCUCGCCCGGGUGUCCUGUCAGCCAGCAGUCUCCCCCAGGUCCGCAGCGCCGCCUCCGCCGCUGCUGCCGCCGCCUCUCCCACAUCCCCGGCCUCCAGGGGAGCCGCCGCCGCGCCGCGACCACCGCCCCGGGCGCCUCAGCUCCCCACGCCGCCGCCCGCCUCACGCCACCGGCCCGGCGCGGCUGGGUCCGCGGAGAGCGUGCAGCAGGCCGCCGCCGCCGCCAGGCCGCCGCAGCCCCCAGCCCACAAUCCACCGCGGCGUCGCCGGGGCGGGAGGGCCGCGGCCAGACCCGGAGUCGCCGCGCAGCUCCGACAGGGCCUGGCGCGGCCGCCGCAGAGCCAGUGUCCCCCGAGCGGGGACGACCCCGCGUGGCUGCCCCGCGCCUCCCCCUGUCGUCCUCGCAAAGGCAGGAGUCCUGUCGGAUCUGCGCUCCAGCUCGCACGGUCCCCCCCCNCCCCCCCCCGCCGCCGCCCAGGUUGUCCAAAGAAGCCGAGCGUUGCCUUCCGCCUUCCCUGGCGAGCGGGCGGGAGCGGACCCCUCGCCCCCCAGACCAACUGA